AUUUAAUUGUUUAAUUGUAUUAAUAAAUUUAUUUAUUUAUUUGCAAACUUGGCGACAUCGACAUAUUUUGUCUUCUCCUCAGAACAGCUGGAUACAUCUUUAGGGAUUGGAAGUUCUGUAUCGCUGGCCUCGAUGCUUAUUAUUUCACAACGCUACCAUGGAUGGAGACCCGUCUGUUGAGCCACAGCUCGACUCGUUCAGUCUGACGCUGCCGCUGCCAUACAGAUGCGCUCUUAUAAUUGUUGCUGCGGUCUGGGCCUGGGGCGCCAACCUGCAGUACCUGACCUUUCUUAAAAUCGACGUGCCCGCCCUCAUAAGAUACCCCGGCCGACAAUCUUUGACCGAAGCCGCACAUCAUCUCUCUACAUACCGUCUGGCGACCAUUCUCUCCGGCUCUCUCGGCCUGUCACUCGUUACGUUCUGGAUCUUCUCCCACCGCGAUGCCGAACUCGUCAUCUUCUACGACUGGAUGCCGAUGACCUACCUGCUCUUCCUCGCCCUCCUCUUCAUUAUCCCACUACGAUACCAUUCCACAACAGGGCGAUACCACUUCCUCAAAACCCUGCGCCGCGUCUCUGUGGGCGGAAUUGCUGAGACCAAAGAUGGCAAAUUCGGCGAUAUCCUCCUCGCCGAUGUGCUCACCUCCUAUUCCAAGAUCCUCGCAGACCUCUUCAUAUCCGUCUGCAUGUUACUGACCACCAACGAAUCAGCGACAGAGCAGCCCGAUCGUCGCUGCGGCGGACGCUUCCUGGUGCCGCUCAUCAUCGCCAUCCCAAGCGCCAUCCGAUUUCGACAAUGUCUAAUCGAGUUCGGACGCCUGCGGGACGCCAACCACCGAACAACAAGUCUGGUAUCCACUGGGUCAGGCGGUGUGCACCUGGCUAACGCGCUGAAAUAUGCCACCGCCUUCCCCGUCAUCAUCCUGAGUGCCAUGCAGCGAAGUAGCUCAGACGCGUCGACAACAGCUACUGCUGCCGAGACAUCACUAUACCGACUCUGGCUACUGGCUGUGAUUGUCAACUCGCUCUACUCAUUCUACUGGGACGUAGCUAAUGACUGGGACCUCACUCUCCUUUCACCUGCACGCUCCAACCCAGAGCAUCCGUAUGGCCUGCGCCGCAAGAUGGUCUUCCGGGCAAGCGAGAUCUACUAUGUGGCUAUAGGUCUUGACUUUCUCCUGCGGAUCACCUGGACUCUGAAACUGAGCCCCCACCUUGACCAAUUUAACGAUUGGGAGGGUGGCAUCUUCUGCAUCCAGGUGCUAGAGGUGUUCAGACGCUGGAUCUGGAUAUUCCUCCGCGUCGAGACCGAGUGGGUGAGGAACACGAGCACAGGAUUGGGCCAGGAUGAUAUCCUCCUUGGGGACUACACGAGUGGGAAGGACGAUGACGAUUGAACAUAUGUGGGAAAUGAUAUACGGGAUGGUUAUUCAGUUGCCAGGCGUCAAGGGCAAUAGACUAGGGUCUCUCUGUGCACAUAAAACGUGUUUAGUAAGGUGGACAAGCAGAAUAAUAUCAAUACUAU